GCACCGCGCGGCCGCGCCGGGGGUGAGCGGCCGCCCCCGGGGGGCCGGCGGCGCUGCGAGCCCCCUGCCCCCCCCCCGCUCACCGCCCGGCCCCUCUCCGCAGCCCCGCUGCACAGCACCUACCACGAGGACGGGCCGCCCUCCUACUACGACAACCAGGACUUCCCCUCGGCGCACUGGGACGACAAGAGCAUCCGGCAGGCCUUCAUCCGCAAGGUGUUCCUGGUGCUCACGCUGCAGCUCAGCGUCACCUUCGCCUUCGUGGCCGUGUUCACCUUCGUGAGGGGCGUGAAGGGCUUCGUGCAGCGCAAUGUCUGGACCUACUACAUCUCCUACGCCGUCUUCUUCGUCUCGCUCAUCGUGCUCAGCUGCUGCGGGGACUUCCGCCGCAAGCACCCCUGGAACCUGGUCGCGCUGUCCAUCCUGACCGUCAGCCUGUCCUACAUGGUGGGGAUGAUCGCCAGCUUCUACAACACGGACGCCGUCAUCAUGGCCGUGGGCAUCACGGUGGUCGUCUGCUUCACCGUCGUCAUCUUCUCCCUGCAGACCAAGUACGACUUCACCUCCUGCCGGGGCGUGCUCAUCAUCUGCCUGGUGGUGCUCAUCCUCUUCUCGGUCCUCUGCAUCUUCAUCCGGAACCGCAUCAUGGACAUCAUCUACGCCUCGCUGGGGGCCCUGCUCUUCACCUGUUUCCUGGCGGUGGACACGCAGAUGAUCCUGGGCAACAAGCAGCUGGCGCUCAGCCCCGAGGAGUACGUCUUCGCCGCCCUCAACCUCUACACAGACAUCAUCAACAUCUUCCUCUACAUCCUGGCCAUCAUCGGCCGGGCCAAGGAGUAGC